AUGAAGUCCGCAUUCACUGCUGCAGCACUGCUGGCAGCCUCUGCCGCGUCAGCAUUGGCCGAUCCCAUCUUCCCACGCGCCGCAGUACCAGAAGAAGAAUUGGCCUUCAGCACCAAGGCUGCCAGAGCCGCCACCUGUGAGCUCACCGACACACUCUGCCCAGCAUGUGACGCCACCAACAUCACCUCCGCUGCUGGCAUCACCUACGCCGUGUCAUGUGGAUGGCAAUUCGAGACGACCACCGAGGACGAGGUAGAGGGCGACACCAGCACCCACAUCUGUCUCGAAGCAUGUGAGGAGUCUGAGAAUGACUGCUCUGGCGUCAACAUGCUCGCCAAUGGAAGCUGCAUCAUCGCCACUGGCCAGACUCAAGGACUGCGCCGUGUGCCUGGCGUCACCCACCUGCUCCGUCUCCCGCGCUCAGAACCGAAGCCGACCACCUCCACCAUCGGCAGUCCUUUCCCGGCACCAACUAACGCCGAUGCCCGGUGCAACCUGACUCUCACCAACCUCUGUCCCGCUUGCAACGGCCGCGAGGUCGAGAGCGAGCAUGGCGACAAGUACACCUUGCUCUGCGAUAGCGAUCUUGAUUCCACCGACAGCUACUCGCCUCAAGACUGGAUGUCGCCAGGCGAAUGUCUCGAUACCUGCGAUGACUUAGAUUUCUGCAAGGGCACCAUGUACUACGAUGACCGAAACUGCGAGAUCGCCAAAGAUGACGACCUUCGCCCGGUAUCGAGGGCUGGCUACACCGCAUUCUUGCCUGUUUCCACCAAGACAGCGUCUUCUGCUGUCACAAGCUUGACUCUUUCAACCAGCACGACCAAGCCAAAGUCGUCAGUCCCCAGUGUGGCUCUACCCACCGGCAAGCCAUCCGGCAGACCCAUGCACCCACCACCAGCAGGCUACGGCGCGACCUCUGUCACAUCCUCUGAGGAACCCACCUUCUCAAUACUGCCUAUUGGCAGUGGCUGCAACUCAAAUGCACUUGCUUGCCCACAGUGUGAUGGAGUACCAUACCUUGACCAGCUAAAUGGAUCCUACACUGUGCUCUGCGGCAUGGAGCCUACUUGCGAGAGCACCGUCAUCUUCCCGGAUGGCGCCGAGGAUGUCGAAGAAUGUCUGCAGAACUGCGACCAGGAUGUCACCUGCAUCGCUGCCAUGUGGUACCCUGGCUACAAGGAGUGUCACGGAUGUAAGCAAGGCAUGGAGACGAAGAACAAGAAGGAUCUGCCAUACAUACUCCUCGCAGCAGACAUCGAUGGCGAGGAUGACAGCACCCUUACGCAGACUCUCAGAGAAUCUACGUCGGCUCCAACGGUGGCCUCCACAGCACGCUCCAUCAGCGAUCUCCCAGCUCCAUUUCCUUGGCCCACGGGGACUGGUCCUGUCGGCCCAGUCGUGGUGUCAUCAUUGCCAUCGCCGGCUGUCGAAGUCACUGUGUCGAAGUCACUGCUCUUGACAGCGACCUCCGCUUCGGGUGCGAUCCGUCUGACAACCUCGUCCAUCCCUGCUCAGGUCACCAACAUUGGCGAGCUGAUCUGCCCCGGCGCCGACAACGAGGUCUACGUCGAGCCCAGCAGUGGCAACUACUUCGCUGUCAACUGCGAUAGCGUCUUCUCUGCGGCUCACUCCUCAUACACUUCUGCCAGCGACCUUGCAGAUUGUGUAGCGUCAUGCACCGGCGACUGCGAUGGUGUGCAGUUCGGAUACUCGACACGCUGUGGUCUCUACACGGACAUCUCGGUUCUGCAGACCGCCACUGGAUGGACUGUUGCUGCCAGCAUCACACACCCAGCUACAGAUGCUACCGCUUCUGCCACGGUGUCGGAGGAUGUGUCGGACUCAGCGGUGCCUACAGCUAGUUCGCCGUGGAUCCCAUACGGUAAUAUCACCUCAAGACACUAG